GCUCCGGCUUGUUCCCGGCGGGCGCUGUGGCAAUGGACGGGGCCCCGCUGUUGGAGGCGCUGGGCUGCCUGUGGCAGGUGCAGGCCCAGCUCGGCAGCGGUGCCUCCGCCUCCGUUUUCCGCGUGCGGUGCUGCGGGGACCCGCGCGCUCCGCUCGGCGCCGUCAAGGAGUUCGUGCCCCCGGCGCGGCCCGGGCCUGCCGCCCGCAGCGCCCCGGAGUACUGCUUCGGCAAGGAGCGCGCCGCGCUGGAGCAGCUGCGGGGCCACCGCAAUAUCGUGACGCUGUAUGGCGUGUUCACCAACCACUUCUCUGCAAAUGGCCCUUCUCGCUGCCUCCUGCUGGAGCUGCUGGACAUCAGCGUGUCAGAGCUGCUUCUCUACUCCAGCCAUCAGGGUUGCUCCAUGUGGAUGAUCCAGCACUGUGCCCGUGAUGUGUUAGAGGCCCUGUCUUUCCUUCACCACAAAGGCUAUGUGCAUGCAGACCUCAAGCCACGCAACAUCCUGUGGAGUGCAGAGGAAGAGUGCUUUAAACUCAUUGACUUUGGGCUUAGCUUCAGAGAGGGAAAUCAGGAUGUGAAAUACAUUCAGACAGACGGGUAUCGGGCUCCAGAGGCAGAGCUGCAGAACUGCCUGGCUCAGGCGGGGCUCCAGAGUGAAACGGAAUGUACCUCUGCUGUAGAUCUGUGGAGUCUAGGAAUCGUUUUACUGGAAAUGUUCUCAGGAAUGAAACUGAAACAUACUGUCCAAUCUCAGGAAUGGAAGACAAACAAUUCUGCCAUCAUUGAUCACAUUUUUGCCAGUGAAGGUGUGGUAAAUUCAGCCAUCCCAGCCUAUCACCUCAGAGAUCUUAUCAAGAGCAUGCUUCAUGAUGACCAAGUGAAAAGAGCCACUGCUGCAAAGGCCCUGUGCAGCCCCUUCUUCAGCAUUCCCUUUGCUCCCCAUAUUGAAGAUUUGGUGAUGCUUCCAACUCCAGUGCUAAGGCUGCUCAAUGUCUUGAGUGACGCUUCUCUUCAGAGUGAAGAAGAAUAUGAAGAUGUGCUGGAAGACAUAAGAGAGGAGUGUCAGAAAUACGGCACGGUGGUUUCCUUGCUUGUUCCAAAGGAGAAUCCUGGCAAAGGCCAAGUCUUCGUUGAAUAUGCAAAUGCUGGUGAUUCCAAAGCUGCCCAGAAAUUGCUCACUGGAAGGAUGUUUGAUGGCAAGUUUGUUGUGGCUACGUUUUACCCCCUGAGUGCCUAUAAGAGAGGGUAUCUGUACCAAACAUUGCUCUAGCAGCAGCAGCCAUCAGGAGAGUCGGCAGCGCCUCUUCUUCAUUUCAGUGUGUUCUGCAGUUGAAUGUACAAAGAGCUUCCCAGCCCUGCUUUUGAGUAGUUUUGAAAGGAGAUCUGCACAGGACAGAACUGGACUUUUGCCCUCUUGUGCUGCUUUGUCCUGUACAAAGGUAGCCCAUGCGGCUUUAAAAUGAUCUGUGUUCUGCUUGUUUGGUUACAUUAGAGAUGUGGCUCUUGCCUACCCUGGAAGGCUCUCGAGUGACUGGAGUAAGUAGUGGCAUUGCCAUCACAGGAGACUCGAUAUCUAAGCAAUUGAGGUUAAGUCUGGUUCAGACUGUGAAAAAUGUUGCUUCAGUGUCUUGACACUAAUGAUUGACUAAUGUUUGGGGAAAGGAUCUCUCUGUUAACUAUUCAUUGCGGAGUGAGAACCCCUCCCCCCCCCCAUACACUUGUUCUGAGACACCCAGGAGGCCCUCCGGCAAGAACAGGAAAGACUACACUUUUUUUUCCCUGUUAUCUAAGGUAAAAAGACAAGCAGAAACCCCUGCAUCUCUGGGGUGGGUGGGGGAGGCUUCAGGUCUCUCCACCCCAUAAAGUAGUGGCCAUCUGGCCUUUGGGGUUACGCUGUCACUGACAGCUGGCCCAGGGAGACCUGUAAAAUUUCCUCCGCUCUAGCGUCCGCUGUUGUCUUGUUGGGAAACUGAUUGUCAGUGUCAGUGAAGGCAAACUGCUGUCUGAGAGCAGGGCACCUGCAGCAAAGUGAGUUCACUUGUAUGGACAGGCUGGGCAAAUGUGGAAUCCAUUAAGCAUCUUCAGGGAAAGGACAGUGUUAGUCCUGACCCCUGUAACACCAUGUAAUGUAGAGGUUACAGAUUGCCAUAGUAUGGAGUCAUCUAUCGCAGCUGACCUCCAUUGCUCUUAGUACGAGUGCCAAAGAGUGCAUAAUGGAGAGGCAUUCCCAGCCUCAGCAGGAUGUCUAUUCUGAAGACUUUUUUAAGGGAGAGCAAAUUUGUACCUGUCGUCAUUUCCUUGUUUGGCUUCUGUUGUAACAUGUGUGUUUUUUUUGCUUUAGCCAGUGUUGAUUUAUUGGAAUUGUGGCAGUAAGCAGGAAGCACUGACACUUUGGGCUCUCCAUAGGGUACACAAAGGGCCUGAGACAAUACAAGAUCCUUUAGAACAAGAAUCCUUGAAAUAAUCCUACUUGACUGCUAAGGGCCUCCUCCAGGGUGAUGCAUUCUAGUGCUAGAGGGACUGUGGGGUUAGCAAGCACAUUAGUUGGAUGCUGUUCAGGAGUGCCGCCAGCUUUUCUGAUGCCCUAGGCAGCGGAAAGGUCCCGCCCCAAAAUGCCGCCCCCCCCACAGAGGCAGCGGAAGGUCCCGCCACCGAAAUACCGCUGCGGUCGCCGCCCCCCGAAUUGUAGCGCCCUAGGCCACCUAAUGGGUUGCGCCGGCCCUGAUGCUGUUAGGAAAGAAACAGAUUGGGGGUGGCCCAUGUCACUGCUUCUCUCAACAGGAGAGCAGCCUAAAUUCGACUCAUGCUCUACUUGCAGUGCUUUAGCAUUGAGAAAGAGCUGCUAGAACAGUAGUUCUCAAACUUUUGUACUGGUGACCCCUUUCACACAGCAAGCCUCUGAGUGCGACCCCCUCUUAUAAAUUAAAAACACUUUUUUCUAUAUUUAACACCAUUAUAAAUGGUGGAUGCAAAGCGGGCUUCGGGGUGGAGGCUGACAGUUCGCGACCCCCCCAUCUAAUAACCUCGCGACCCCCCUGAGAGGUCCCGCACUAGAAUGUAGUGUUUACAAACCCCACAUGCACAGACCCCUUCCUUUGAGUGAUAGGCACAGGAGGCGAGGAAGUAAAAUAACCCUAGAGGGUGUGGAAGCUGCUGCACCAGUUUUAGUGCUGAGGAGAGGCCUCUGAUCCCAAGCCCUGUCUAGAGAAAUCUGGGGCAAUUGUUGGAGAUGUCCCUACCUCACCCUGCAUUGAGGCCGCUGCGCUUAUCCGGGCAAUAUGCUGCUAGCAUCCUGCCCAGGCUGGACUUCCAGCAUUCUGCACUUGAUCUUUCCUGCUGAUAUUGCCAGUGUGUCAUGCGAGAGUCAGUCUGCAGCAUGUCAUAAGUCACUUGUCUUCAUUCCUUCUCUGUGCUGCUGUGAAGUGGCUACUGCCAUGCUGUAGUUAAAGUGGAAGCUGGCUUCCCAUUAUAAGCCCCAUAUUUAACCCUUCCCUAGCUCCUCCAGAAAGAGCCUGAUCUUCCUGAGUUUUUCUGUGCCGCUUCUCACUCAAGGUAGAGGCUUUUCUGGGGAGUUUGGUAAAAAUCCCAAAAGGAAUUUUGAUGUUUUAAAAAUGAGCCUGUGAUUCAUUGAUCAGACUGUUCCGAAGUGUGGUUCAGAGUAUCCCAAACAGGGUUUCACCUGGGGACUCCAGCUGUGCGUGCUUUGUUUGCGUGUGCUUAGCUGGCCUUGCUGAGACAUGCCUCUGAGUGUCCAGGAGCUAUAUUAGUGUUGGGUUUUCAGUGUGUGAAGAGCUGGGUUUAUAUUUAUGGAUGUUUAGCAUUUUGGUAGUUUAAACUGACAUGCUACUGACCUGACUGCUGCUAUCUGCCAGGCUGAGCCACAGGGGGAGGACACCAAGGGCUGUCUGGGCUGGAGAUGAGGUCAUGUUAAUUAACACAACAUUCAAACACUCUGGAUGUGAAGAUGGCCCUGUUCAGAUCAUUGUCAGCUGGCCCGACUUCACACUCACCUUCACCCUCUGCUUAGACCCAGACCAUCCUGUUUAAAUGUGACCUUCCCCAAGACUGACUAGCUCUGGCUGGGGGAGCUGUGCUGUGAUGGGAGGGCUCUGAGAAAGAUGGGGUAUGGACUGGGGAGCACAUAGAGGGGUGGCGUUAAGCCAAGGGCUUGGGAAAGGGCAUGCAUGGGGGGAGGGGGUGAUGGGAGCCCAGAAAGGGACCGUGAGGAGGAGACAGUAGGGCAUGCACAAGCAUGGUAGGAACUCAGGAUGGGGUACCGAGGAGUGCGAAGAGACCAUGGGGUGCCUGACUAGCACAGAGUGGGGGUGGGUAAGAUGCAGUGUUUUGUCUAUGGUAACUUUAAGAGCUCAGUCUUCUAGAUACCAACCUUGAGGUGCGUAAAGUGUCCCCGUGCUAAAAUUCUCCUUGCCCACCCCCAACCGGCACCCAGACAUAGCCUCAGCACACCUUGCUGUGGCCUGGAGCAGCUGGUCCUGGAGGGAGCACUGCUCCACCAGCCCUAUGGAAACGGGCCUUGUUUGGGAACCCUAACCCAUCCCUCCUGGGAGAGUGUCAAUGGGAUCCAGCUGCACACCAGUCCCAAUGUCACUGGGACAGGGAGCUUUCCUUGGGCAGCAGGUGACUGGCAUCUCCUCAGCCUGCCUGGCCAAGGGGGUGAUUUGGCCCCACAGUUCAGCGAACUUUCCCCCCUUGGGAUUUGCUCCCUCUCAGCCAGCCUCCAUGUCAGAGAGGCCCCCGAGGCUCCGUCAGGUCUGCCCAUCUUUCUCUGGCUGUCAGACCAUGCCCCACCCCUCAGGGGCCUCUUCCCCAGACAUUGGCUGCCCUCAUGGCAGUCCAUUUGUGUACCCGAUGUGGGCUGUGUGCCUGGGGAGACCCUGACAAGUGCCACAGCUCCCCCCAGCUCUCUAGCAGAAAGUCCCCCAAGAUUGUGCCCCGUCAUGGGUCUCUCCCUUGCUGGGAAGGAGGCAGCCUCUGUCCCCCAGCUUUGCCCAGCAUUCCUUGAUUUCCCAGCCCCCAUUCUGGGGAACAGGCUGUGCUGGGUCUGUCUCUUUCCCCCCAGCCUCCAUUAGGGGCUGACCGCACCCUGUCAGAGUUACAGGGUUCAGCUGCUCCCCCAGUGCCAGACAUGCCUUUGCUCGCUCACUGCCUCACCCAUCCGACUCUGUGCCCCCUACAGAAUGCAGAAAUGGAAGCAAAGGUCAAAAUAACCAUUUAUUAGGAGACUGGAAUCUCAUUUCCUGUCCCAGGGGCCCAUCUCCUAUGACCUAGACACUAGCUUUGACCUUGGGGUAUCUUACAAAUUUGGAGGCCCAGCUAAGCCUGUGGGGGAUGUAAUGAGUAGGUGAAGGAUUAUGCAGCAGGGCGGAAAACAGCAGCUGCUUCCCAAACAGGCCAUUUCCAGGCCACACAACGCUGGGGCUUGGGUGCUUUGUGUUCAGUGUGUGUAUGGGGGUGCUUUGCUCGCUGGAUCCCAGCCUUUGCUCCUUUGCAAGGCCUGGUUUUGUUAGGUGACUGUUCUAAGUAGCAGAGCCAAGCUGUUACUAACCCCUAGAGGGGAGACAGGGCUUCCUAGUGGAGCAUAGGGGGCGUUCUUGUUCAUCUUGGCAGAGUUAGCUACCAAAGAUGCUGGCUGGGUUUUUGUUUAAUAGCUUUAAUAGAUUUGAACCAAAUAAACCUGCAAAAUGCAAACCACUUUUACUAGCUUGUCUCUUGGAUGCCCUGGGAAAGCAGGGCCUGAGCCAGUAAGGAUCCUAAGAAUUUGUUUCUGGAUGUUGGUCCUGGCCACACCCCAAUGUGAGCCUUUAUGUUCUGCUCCCUCAUGUCCCUGUGCGACUUUAGCUACAUACAAACAUUGCUAAAGCAGAACCAACAGUGUGUUGGAGGGAGGCCUUCCCAAGCGCCCACCUAGUAAGCACUUGGUCGUCUUUACACGUGGCUGUCCUGUUUGCCUUUGAGCCUUGCUGUGGAGCAGUCAGGUUAAAACCAGAUCUCUCGGAAGAGCAUGUUGAUUGGUGCACCUUUUGCUGGUGGUAUUUUAGCAUGAUUAAGGGCAUGUCUUCACUACCUGCCGGAUUGGCGGGUAGCAAACGAUCUAUUGGGGAUCGACUUAUCGCAUCUAGUGAAGACACGAUAAAAUUGAUCCCUGAUUGCUCUGCCGU